UGUCCCCCGAGGGGCGUGGCCGGGCGCUGGUGCUCCGCGCGCGGGCGCUGGGCGUGGUCCCCGAGGUGGGCGGGGCCAGGGCGGAGCAGGCGCUCGGCCACGCCCUCAAACUGGACCCGGCACUGGGAGCGGCCUGGAGGCAACUGGGGGAGCACCGGUGGGCACGGGGGGACCUCCGGGGGGCUCGAGAUGCCUUCGGGGGAGCCCUGCAGCAGGUCAGGGGGGAUGGAGGGGGAGGACCCCGAGGCCCGGCGCCUCCUGUCCAAUGGCCCUGCGGGCGCAGGGGGCAGGGCCUCCGCAGGGGCAGGGCACCCGCAGGGGCAGGGCACCUGCAGGGGGCGGGGCCCUGCGCGGGGGCGGGGCCCUGCGAGAGCCUGGCCCAGGCCGAGGCGGCCGUGAGGUGCGACCCCCGCGACGGCCAGUCCUGGUACGUGCUGGGCAACGCCCACGUGUCGCUGUUCUUCGCGGGGGGACAGAGCCCCCAGAGCGCCCGGCGCGCCCUGGCAGCCUACGGGCAGGCGGAGCGGGUCGACCCCCAGGCGGCCAAUAACCCCGACCUGCACCUGAACCGCGCUACGCUCCUGCAGUACCUGGAGCGGUUCCAGGCGGCCCUGGAGGGGCUCAGCCGGGCCAUGGCCCUGGACCCCUCCUGGGAGGAGCCCCGGAAGCGCCACAGGAACCUCCUGGAAUUCCUGAGCCGCCUCUGCGCCCUGCUGGAGAACAGGGGGAAGCUGCGGGGGAAGCGGAGGCGGGGCCUGGCAGGGCCGGUGCCCCUCCCCCUGCUGGGCCCCCUGGGGGGUCCGGGGGGGCCCCGGCCCAGCCCCCUCCCCACUCUGAGGGUGGGGAGCAACCCCCAGAGGGUGGUCCUGGGGAGGGUCCUGUUCAGCCUGGCCCCCCCCGGGGGGGUUCCCUACAGCGGUGGGUCUGCAGGACGGGGAGGGGCCGUGGCCGCCGUCACCGUUUACAACGCGGGGCCCGACUGGGGGGUCCAGGUGGGCGACGCCCUGGGGGUGCCCGACCCCCUGGUGACCCAGCACCUGCACCAGCACCAGGGACAGACCUUCUCCUUCCUGGGCAUCCGCGUCUCCUCCCCGCUCUCAUUGGUCGUCAACGGGCGCCGCCCUCCAGGCUCCGCCCUGGCCCCGCCCCGCCUGGCGCUGUCCAAUCCGCGCGCGCCACCGCCCGCCCCGGCCACGCCCACUGCGCCCUGACCACGCCCAGGGGGCGGGGAAUAAAGGACUUUUUGGUGGA